AUGUAUGUGAUGGACCUUCCCCGGCAUUUUUUCAUGGUGAGAUUUGAGCAGGAAGAAGAGUACUUGGCAGCGCUUACGGGAGGACCAUGGAGGGUGUUUGGGAGUUACCUUAUGAUACAAGCAUGGACCCCGGAUUUUGACCCGACAAGAGAUGAAAUAGAGACCACACCGGUAUGGGUACGAUUGGCGAAUCUACCGAUUAAUUUCUACCAUAGAUCAAUCUUGAUGGGAAUCGCGAAAGGUCUAGGUAAACCCUUAAAGGUGGACUCAACGACACUGCACUGUGAGAGAGCUCGUUUUGCACGAGUUUGUGUGGAGGUGAAUUUGAAGAAACCACUAAAGGGAACGAUACUUGUUAAGGAGGAGAGAUACUUUGUAUCCUAUGAAGGGUUAACGAACAUUUGUUCAAAAUGUGGGUUGUAUGGUCACUUAGUGCAUUCAUGCCCUCAAGCAAGGAUGGAGAAGGAAUCGGCGGCUGCACCACGAGUUGAGGAGAAUCCGCAAUCUGAGAUGGGAGUCCAAGCAAAUGGCCGUCGUGAAGAUGAAGGAUUCACCAUGGUGGGGGAUGCAGGUCGGAGAGAGGAGCCGGUAAGGCAAAACUUUAGUUUUGCGGCGAAGGGAACCAAGAGGAAGGCCGGGAAUGUUAGUCGGGUACUGACAAGAAAAGUAGAUUCCGCGAAUAUCGCGUUAUCCAACAGUUUCGGAAGGUUGGGAGAGGAUCUAGAUUUUCAAGAUCUCAGGCAGAAACAGAAUAUUGGAGAAGAAAAUAAAGAAAAUGAAGAUACACAAAAUCUGGAGGGAAGAGAAACACGUGAGAUCCAAGGCUCUACGCGUGGGGGGAAGAAUCCAAAGUUUCAAAAAGCAGGGAAGCCUGGUACGUACAAGGCUUUGGGGAAUAAGGGGGUCAAGCCCAAUGGAGCGAAAUCAAGUGGGCCCACUCGUGGACUGAUUUUUGGCCCAACAAGAGAAGAAGUGGACCGACUGUCGAGGGGGAAACGUCUCCGUGUGGAAUCGAUGGAUCUGGGACGACCAGGAGGAUCUUUUGUACAACAGAGCUCCGGUAAUGAUGACGGAGGUCUUCCGGCGUAG